AUGAGCAGCAGCAACAGCAGCGUCAACACCAAGCUCGAUUUCGACAAAUCGGACCCAAAGCCGGCAAGCGUCUAUUUGGGAUCUCUCAAGGAGUUCUUCAAGGAGACUGCUCCAAACGCCACCGUUGAGCAAAAGAAUCGGCUCAACAAUCUUCUUCUCUCAAUGAUUCAAAUGAAUCUUGAUGUCUUCAAAAACCAACGCGAGGCCACCUUCAGAAAAGUUGAAAAUAUGAAGGUUGCGGUGAAGAAGAUGAAGGAGAAAACCGAAGAAAUCAAGAAGGAGAUUCUCCAAGGCCCAACUGAGUGA